AUGAGGAGAAACAGUUUGUGCAACUUAUCCUGCUUGGUGUCUGGAGCAGGGCCUUCUUCCGAUGGCGAAGAUCUGAAUGAGGUUAUUGAUACAGUGGAAGUAGAAUCUAGCACCCCAGGUGCUUCUUCACUCCUUGCAAAAGUGGCAGUUGCUAUCGGUAUUGCAGCCACGGCUACUGUGAUUUCACUGGUCAUGAAAGAGCCUUCGUCAGGCCCUUCUUUCAGUCUGCCACAGAUAGUUGAUGCUUCCACGCAGUCUGAUGCAGCAGCUGCCACCAUCGGAUAUACGUUUUCUCUAUUUGGAAAGAAAGUCAUAAUUCCAGAAUACACACCAGGGUGGGUCUACUUUUGGUUGCUCAUGGCUGCUGGAUUUGGACUGUUUAUCAGUGAAGAAGCUUUAAAUGUUUGGGCUGGAAUUUCUUUAGCACGAACACUUUGUUUGGAUGGAACUUGGCAAUCUCUUGUUACGUCAUUCUCAGUUAAUGCAUCUUAUAUAGUCUCCACGGUGCUAUGGAUUUACUGGGGUGUUUGUAUUAGUGACAUGAUCCCAUUCUAUCUAGGGAAACUCUUCAGGCAAACUAGAGCAUCAGAAGACAUAAGCAGCAAGAUUGGAAUUGGUAAGGAGAAAGCACUAAGCAUAUCACGAGCAGUUCAGAAGUAUGGGAACCUAAUUGGCUUUGUUGAACGAUUUUCAAUUGGUGUUCGGAAUCCUACAGCAUUUCUUGCUGGAGCAUUGGGUAUAUCAGCAGACUUUUUCUUCGCAGGAGUUUGUUUCGGUUGUCUAUUUACUCUCCCUAUUCAGUUAGCAGUUGGGUUUGUCCUCCGAGAGCGGCCUGUGGUCGCCCUCGCCAGUGUCGCAGCUGCUGUGGGUAUCUGGACCAUGUUCCCAUAUGCAGCCGCGGCAUGCACAGCGUUGUUCUUCUACUUCCGCCGACGCAAAUCCAGCAGCUGA